GCCGAGGCGGAGCGCGGCGGCCAGCGGACGAGAUGCGAGCGCGGCCGCUGUGGGCCGCUGUGCUGGUGCUGGGGGCGCUGGCGGGCGUCGGCGUCGGAGGGCCCAACAUCUGUGCCACACGAGGCGUGAGCUCCUGCCAGCAAUGUCUGGCUGUGAGUCCCAUGUGUGCCUGGUGCUCAGACGAGGCUCUGCCUCCGGGCUCGCCCCGCUGUAACCUGAAGGAGAAUCUGCUGAAGGAUGACUGCGCCCUGGAGUCCAUCGAGUUCCCCAUCAGCGAGGCCAGAAUCCUGGAGGCCAGGUCCCUCAGUGACAAGGGCUCUGGAGACAGCUCCCAGAUCACUCAAGUCAGUCCCCAGAGGAUUGCGCUCCGGCUACGGCCAGAUGAUUCGAAGAACUUCUCCGUCCAAGUUCGGCAGGUGGAGGAUUACCCUGUGGACAUCUACUACUUAAUGGACCUGUCUUAUUCCAUGAAGGACGAUCUGUGGAGCAUCCAGAACCUGGGGACCAAGCUGGCCUCCCAGAUGCGUAAGCUCACCAGUAACCUGCGGAUUGGCUUCGGGGCCUUUGUGGACAAGCCCGUUUCACCAUACAUGUACAUCUCCCCACCAGAAGCCCUCAAAAACCCCUGCUAUGAUAUGAAGACCACCUGUUUGCCUAUGUUUGGCUACAAACAUGUGCUGACGCUAACUGACCAGGUGACCCGUUUCAAUGAGGAGGUGAAGAAGCAGAGUGUGUCACGAAACCGAGAUGCCCCAGAGGGUGGCUUUGAUGCCAUCAUGCAGGCUACCGUCUGUGAUGAGAAGAUUGGCUGGAGGAAUGAUGCCUCCCACUUGCUGGUGUUUACCACUGAUGCCAAGACCCAUAUAGCGCUGGAUGGAAGGCUGGCAGGCAUUGUCCAGCCCAAUGAUGGGCAGUGUCAUGUGGGCAGUGACAACCAUUAUGCUGCCUCCACUACCAUGGAUUAUCCCUCUCUGGGGCUGAUGACCGAGAAGCUGUCCCAGAAAAACAUCAAUUUGAUCUUUGCAGUGACUGAAAAUGUAGUCAAUCUCUACCAGAACUAUAGUGAGCUCAUCCCAGGAACCACAGUGGGGGUUCUGUCUACUGAUUCCAGCAAUGUCCUCCAGCUCAUUGUUGAUGCUUACGGGAAAAUCCGCUCUAAAGUAGAGCUGGAAGUGCGUGACCUCCCUGAGGAGUUGUCCUUAUCCUUCAACGCCACCUGUCUCAACAACGAGGUCAUCCCAGGCCUUAAGUCUUGUGUCGGACUCAAGAUUGGAGACACGGUGAGCUUCAGCAUUGAGGCCAAGGUGCGUGGCUGCCCCCAGGAGAAGGAGAAGUCCUUCACCAUCAAGCCUGUGGGCUUCAAAGACAGCCUCACCGUCCAGGUCACCUUCGACUGUGACUGUGCCUGCCAGGCCCAGGCUGAGCCUCACAGCCACCACUGCAACAACGGCAACGGGACCUUUGAGUGUGGGGUGUGCCGCUGCGGGCCUGGCUGGCUGGGGUCCCAGUGUGAGUGCUCAGAAGAGGACUACCGUCCCUCCCAGCAGGACGAGUGUAGCCCCCGGGAGGGCCAGCCCAUCUGCAGCCAGCGGGGCGAGUGUCUCUGUGGCCAGUGCGUCUGCCACAGCAGUGACUUUGGCAAGAUCACGGGCAAGUACUGCGAGUGUGAUGACUUCUCCUGUGUCCGCUACAAGGGGGAGAUGUGCUCAGGCCAUGGCCAGUGCAGCUGUGGGGACUGCCUGUGUGACUCCGACUGGACCGGCUACUACUGCAACUGUACCACACGCACGGACACCUGCAUGUCCAGCAAUGGGCUGCUGUGCAGCGGGCGGGGCAAGUGUGAAUGCGGCAGCUGCGUCUGCAUCCAGCCGGGCUCCUACGGGGACACCUGUGAGAAGUGUCCCACCUGCCCUGAUGCCUGCACCUUUAAGAAAGAGUGUGUGGAGUGUAAGAAGUUUAACCGAGGAGCCCUAUACGAGGAGAAUACCUGCAGCCGUUACUGUCGUGAUGAGAUUGAGCCUGUGAAGGAGCUUAAGGACACUGGAAAGGAUGCUGUGAAUUGUACCUACAAGAAUGAAGAGGACUGUGUCGUCAGAUUCCAGUACUAUGAAGACUCCAGUGGGAAGUCCAUCCUGUAUGUGGUAGAAGAGCCCGAGUGUCCCAAGGGUCCUGACAUCCUGGUGGUCCUGCUUUCAGUGAUGGGGGCCAUUCUGCUCAUCGGCCUUGCUACUCUGCUCAUCUGGAAGCUCCUCAUCACCAUCCAUGACCGGAAGGAGUUUGCUAAAUUUGAGGAAGAGAGAGCCAGAGCCAAAUGGGACACAGCCAACAACCCACUGUAUAAAGAGGCCACGUCCACCUUCACCAACAUCACCUAUCGGGGCACUUAAUGACAAGCAGUCAACCUCAGAUCACUAUCAGACUGUCCCAGGAUUGUGGGUGUCUCUGCUGUCGUGUUUACAGGGGCAAUACCUGUG